AAUAUCGAUUUAAUGAUGCUAUCGAUGUUUCUGGUUACCUACAGUCAGUCUAAUUUCAUCGCCGCAUCGCACAGCGUGUGAAAAGUUUUAAAUAAGUUUCCUUAAACAAAUUACGUAGAAAAUCCACGAUUUUCUCACUCUCGCUUAACUAAAUUUUUUAGUGGCGUGAAAAGUGUGUAACAACAACAGCAGCAAUAACAACAAGAAAUUGAAACAAGCAACGCGUGUGUAAAAUACAACAAAUACAUAAAUACCUAUUUAAUAGUUUUUAACCACCACCACAACAAAUACAACAACAAACUACAAUCAUGAGCUGGCAAGAUUAUGUCGAUAACCAACUUUUGGCCUCGCAGUGCGUUAACAAGGCGUGCAUUGCCGGACACGAUGGCAACAUUUGGGCGCAGUCUAGCGGCUUUGAGGUCACAAAGGAGGAGCUGGCCAAAUUGAUAAGCGGCUUUGAUCAACAAGACCUGCUUACCAGCAACGGCGUGACAUUAGCCGGCCAACGGUACAUUUACCUCUCAGGCACAGAUCGCGUGGUGCGCGCAAAACUGGGCAGAAGCGGUGUGCACUGCAUGAAGACGACACAAGCCGUCAUUGUUUCCAUCUAUGAGGAUCCUGUGCAGCCCCAGCAGGCCGCUUCUGUGGUGGAGAAACUUGGAGAUUAUCUGAUUACUUGCGGGUACUAGAAAAUAAAUGAAAAAAAAAAUAUAUAAAAGCAACAAUUCAACACCAUCAACACCAACCUACACAAACAACAACAACAACAGCAGCAACAAAAAAACAUCAAAUUCGCUAAGAAACCGUAAAUGAACUAAAUAACUAAAAAAAAGAAGAAAAAAGUAAUUAUUAAUAUUUAAAUUUAUGAGAAAUGCCAAGAAAAAAAAUAUAUUUUUAAGGUAAUUGUGGUCAAACAGAUCUGAAACUUGCAAAAAAAACAAUGUCAAAGAAUGUUUAUAAACCAUCCACAGCAUCAACAUCUUAAUUACCGAAAAACGCCUACAACAAAAUUAUAAAAUUCUGCAUUACUAUAUUUAAACAUUUUUUGGUUCAUACGAUAAAAAUAAUAAUAAAAAAAAAAAAACAAAAAAAAAACAAAGAAAAUCUUACAGUCAACAUAAGCUAAAAGAAAAACGUAUUGGAAAGCAUUUUGUAAGCAAGACAAGAAUAAGAAGAAGAAAAAGAAGUAGAUAAAGAAGAAGAAACAGAAGAAGAAGCAACAAACGCAAAGCAACGCAGGCAAAUUUUUGAAUACUUUUUUGUACAGCAGUUUAGUACACAAAUA